AAAUCAUCUUUAGUAAAGUUAAAGUGAGGUAAAGCGACACACACACACAACAAACAUAUUAUCAUGAGCUACGACCGUGCUAUAACAGUCUUCUCUCCUGACGGCCACCUGUUCCAGGUGGAGUAUGCUCAAGAGGCCGUCAAAAAGGGCCUAGCGACGGUUGGUGUAUUGGGGAAAGACAGCAUUGUUAUCGCUAUCGAGAAGCGUUCGGUUCAGAAGCUGCAAGAUAGCCGUACAAUUCGAAAGAUUUGUAAAGUCGACGACCACAUCUAUCUUGCCUUUGCGGGGCUCUCUGCGGAUGCACGUGUGCUCGUUAACAAGGCCCAAUUAGAGUGCCAGCGGUUUCGGCUGAACUAUGAAGACGCCAUGGACGUCGAUCUAUUGGUUCGCUAUGUCGCUCGCGUUCAGCAAAAGUCCACGCAGAGUGGGGGCAGUCGGCCGUUUGGCGUCUCCACUAUCAUUGGCGGUUUUAACGAAAAUGGUCAGCCGCACCUAUGGAAAACCGACCCCUCCGGGAUGACCUCGGCCUGGAAAGCGACGGCGAUUGGCAGGCAUGACCAAACGGUUGUCGAAUACAUGGAGAAACUGUAUAAAGAUAAUAUGACGCGCGACGAGUGUGUGCAUUUCGCAAUUAAGUCGCUGCUGGAAGUGGUAGAGAGUGGAUCCAAGAAUGUGGAACUUCUGGUAUUGGAGUACAAAAAGGCGAACUACCUCAGUGAUGAGGAGCUGAGCAUGUUUGUCGAGGAAGUUGAAAAGGAAAGGGAAGAAGAGGCUGCUAGAAAGGAGCGCCAGGCAGAACAAGACUAACAUUAGUACUACUGCAGUGCACACGAUCUUUGAAAUGGAAAGCAAACAGGCGGAAAGGGAAGCGAACCAUACAAUGCCACACUGCACCUUGAGGAGGAUGCAGAACAUAUAGAGAAAGGUGUGGUUUAUGUUUAUGAUUUAUAUUAUUAUGCACUCUACCGUCUUGCUUUUUUAAAUACUUUCUAGGGCUUCAGGAGAAAGAAGAACUUGGAUUUGAGCUGUGCGAUUGUUCAUUAUUUCAGUAUUUUAUUUGUUGAUAGUGGUUAUUUGAUCCAUUAGCACAUAUCGAAUCUGCGCUAGGAAACUAGGCAAAUGAUUAUCCUUUUUUUUUCGAUGAUAUUUCACCAGCUAUUUGUAUCCUUUUGUGUAGGCUUCUGAAAAAACAUGUGGUGACUAACUUUUGUAUUACAUAUAUAACGAUAAUAACUAUACACAAAGGGUAUAGAUGAUAUCAUUUGAAUUUUAAAAGGCUUACCGUAGACAAAUAAAGAAAGCAUGUUUUCUUUGCCCAAAAGGAAUCAUUUUGAAUGAACGACAAGUAUACGGGAAACAAACUAGCAAAGAAUAUAAGAUUAAAAACACUUGGCAUGAGUUACACCUAACAUUGCUGUUUGUUGAACCUGGUAGUGAUAUCCCAUUAUGUUUUAACAGCUUGUCCUUCUAUCGCCGAUGCCAUAUUAUUAUCUUUAAAGAAGAAGAAUUGAAUCUUAAAAAAAAA